AUGUCGUGGUGUACCAAAACGAAAUUGUUUUUCGUCUUAACUUUGAGUUGGGUUGCAGCACAGGAGUAUAUUGAAAAUCUGCAUGACUCAAAAGUUGGCACGCAUUUGAAAGAAUUACCAAAAUCAUUUGAAGUGAAAGGUUUCGAUGCAAACACGCAGUUCCAGAAAUAUUUCGAUCAGAUACAAGAUUUCGCAAUGCAAAGAAACCUAAAUGUAAUAUACAAAAUUAAGCUAGAUGUGGACAAACCAACGAAGUAUCACACGAAGAAGACGUUAGUCAAGAAAGGCAGGUCAAAGAAGUACAAUAUUCCUCUGAAGAAGACGAGUAUGAAGCUAUCGAACUUCGAGAUGUGGCUGAGAAAAAUGGCAGAGCAAUCAGGCGCGAACAAGAAAGGGACUCAGCAGAAUUUUGAAAACUAUCCCGCAGUCACAACAGAAGGAGAAAAGAUAAUAACGACGACGAAACAAAUACAGCUUAAAUACAAACCGAUUAUUUCUAAGAUGAAGAGUAAUUACACGAAAAUUGUGAAACCCGUUAGGAGCAGAACUAUUACUCUCAUACAGUAG